AUGCUGGAUCCUGGGCACGCGGGAGACGAUUUGGAGGCUCUGGUCGUGUUCCGACGGGACGCGUGCAUGGACAGGACAUGCUCCCGGUCCCGGGGUGCGGCGGCUGCGCCGCUGCCAGAAAGGAAGGCUGUCGGCUCAGCCGGAGAACGUAGGAUCUCAAAAAAUGGGGGGUCUUCGGGAAGCUCUCACCUUGCUGCGUUGAUUGAGGGUUGCGAGAGUGGCUCAACGGCACACGUCAAGGACACCAACAUUGCUUACGGCCAGGAAACACAAAAGGUGGUCCUGGUCUUCGACAACGACGUUACUGUGGCAGAAAAGAUGAAGUACGUUUUGGAGAAGAAGCCGCGGAAGCGCUUUGCCUGGCUUUACUUCAACGUGUACAUGACUGACUUUGUUGGCAGGUGCAAGAUGCGCCAUCCUUUCGCGCCAAUAUUUGUACUGCGCAAGAACUUCAGCAUCGGCGACAAGCUGUAGUACGGCAAUAAAUGUGGCUGCGAGCGCGCUUCGCUGAUGCGACUGGCGCACGUGA